GGAUUACAUUAUUAUAAAAGGAUUUAAAUUGUAUAGAUAUAUGCAGGCACCAUAUGAUAACUUAGUGGUAUUGAGUUACAAUUAAUCUAAAGCUAAUCUGCUUGGAAUCUUUAUAUUGAUGGAGAAGUAUAAGUAGUUAGGGAUUUUUUUUUUAAAUAAUUUUUUUAUCUUUAGAUCCUCCAAUAAACUAGAGCAUUGACUGUGAUUGACGAAAAAAUUUUAGGUUAAUUCUGAAAAUUUUGAAUGAUUGGUGGAUUUUGUGUUGCUGCUUACAUGCAGUGAAUCUAGAUUAACCAGUGCAUGAAAUGCCUAAGUGUUUGUUGUAAGAGCUGAAUGAGGAACUUUGGGAGUACCCUUUUAGUGAAAGGCAAUCUAAGUUCAUUGAAUUUGCGAUUUGGCUUUGGAUACCUUGGAAAUGGAAUUAUAUACCAGUCCUUUGGAAUCUGAAGUAUGGGUUGGAUGUAUGAGGUUUGAACAAAUUAGAUUCAGAUAUGUACUUAGAUUCAGAAAGUGUAAUCUGUAAUAAUUGCUUGUUAGGCUGUUGAAUAUAUCCUUUUGCUACUGAUAAUAUAGUCAUUUGUAAAAUGAGCUGAGUCUCCUUAUAAGCAUUAGAAGUUGCUAGCAUAGGGUCCAGUUGUAAGCUUGCAAUUGAAUCAUAGUUCCUACUAACCUGUUGUGUGAUAUUUUAUUAAAGAUAACAAUUGGUCGGUGUUGCUUCUAAAAGGAUUUUAUGGUAUUGCUGUGGCACCAAAAUACUUCCUUGAAACAUUAAAAGUAGUAUACUACUCUCAAGAAGUUCCACGACUCCCUAACACCAAAUUAAAAAAAAACCCAUAUAUCAAAACACAACUUCUCCACCUCCUUCCCAAAAGGAUAAACCAGCAUAGCAAUAGACCCAUUCAACGCGGUGAGAGUCUUCUUCCAACUGGAGUAAUCCCCACUGACACUAGCGUCUGGAAAUGAAGUAGACUUGAAUACCUCACUGGCAAAGUCGAAGCAUACAAUCUUCUCAUCCUCAUUAUUAUCUAAUGGGAGUGGUGUCGCGCACCAGAAAAAGUCCCCAUCCAAGUACAUUGUGGCCCUCGACUGUCAGAGAGAGUGAAGAACCAGAAGUGAAGAUGCAAAGCCUCACAAUGCUAUGCCCGGGGCGACCAGAUCUCAUUUUGCCAAUUCCAUUUGGUAACAAUUCUAAAAGGAUUCUCUUCACCCUCAAGGAAGGAAGUCAGUACCGCCUCAAAUUUAGCUUCACCGGCUCCAACAAUAUUGUGUUGGGCCUCAAAUACACUAACGUUGUGUGGAAGACCGGUAUGAAAGUGGACAAUUCAAAGAGAAUGUUGGGAACUUUUAGUCCUCAGCAGGAGCCUUAUACGUGUGAAAUGGAAGAAGAAACCACCCCUUCUAGCACGUUUGCAAGAGGCACUUAUUCUGCAAGAACCAAGUUUGUUGAUGAUGAUGGAAGAUGCUAUUUGGACGUGUGUUACUACUUCGAAAUUCAAAAGAAUUGGCCAAAACCCUCUUAAGGUCUUAUCUGAUAUUUUACUGGCAUUGGCUUGGUAGUGCUUCAAGUGAUCACUUUAGUUUAGAGUGAUUUUCUUCGUCCGGUAUGCUGUAUCUUGUACAAAUGGCAAAUGGGGCAUCCAUGUCUUAAUUCAAUUGAACUAUACCACUGUACAUGUCAUGCUUCCUCCUCCUGCUCAUCAUUAUCGUCAUGUUCUGCUUAUCUUUUCCUCUCUAUUAUUUUAAUAUUUUGUUUUUGGAUUUUGGAAUAUUUCUAUUUUAUUUUAUAAUACAAUUAUCACUUUCCCAAGUUAUAUUUAAUGGAUCAUUUGAUCACAUGAAUAUUGAUGCUACCAGGUACCAUCCCUUUGUUUCUUAAUAAGUUAAUAUAUUUAUAUACUAAGAUACUUAUCCCCUGUCCCACAUAUAUUACUGCACCUUCAAAUAGUGGUACCUUCUAUUGAAAUAAUUAUUUGGUUGAUGUAGGUAAUGAUCUAGUCUAUUUUAUAAACUGUUGUCAAGAAAUUUUAAAGUUGAAAUUCGAUUGCAGUGUCCAAAAUUUGGAAAUUAUUGAGCCAUUUCAUUCAAACCUCAUUUGGAAGCUGUGUUAAUACAAUUGCAUUGUUUUUCUUCUAGAGGUAUGGUUAUUGUCUGUUUAGGGCCCUUGCAUGUUUGCAUAAGCAGGUAAGAUACUCCUACAAUUGUACAUUUAGAGAAGUCUCAAAAAAUGCCUAGCUGUAAAGGUCUUUAUUUUGUAAUUGUAUUGAGUGGUUCACAGAGAUGUUAAGCCUGGUAACUCCAUCUUCUCUUGGAAGCUAAAUAAAGGCUAUCUCAUUGAUUUCAAUCUUGCCAUGGUUGAGUUGCUUAUCCUGCUAUGCUACCAUACUAAUGUGAAUUUUUAAAGCAAUCAUUUCACUGAAUUAAAAGUUAAAACAUCAAAAUAGCUGAUGGUGUUUCUGUCUUCAUUUUUCUUUUUCACAGGAUUUGCAAAGCAAGUAAACUAUUGGAAGUAAGCUCUGCAUGAAUCUUUGUCCACUGUACAAGUAAAUCAAAAUCAAGUCAUAAUGUUUCUAUUAAUCAAGUCAUAAUGGUUGAGGGCAAAGUUUGGUCUAGAACAGCAAUUCUGAACAGGCCUUUGGUUCUCAAUUGUCUUAGUACUGCAAUGUUAUAUAACUAUGCAUGAUAAUAGUUGUUUUUGUUUUUUUCAGGUGGCUUUGCUGUUAAUUUGGGUUGCUGAUAUAAGGAAACAUGUAAAGAAUUUAGAAUUUGGGAAGGGACACGUAUAUAAAGCUGUGCAUGUAACUAAUUUUUAUUUCCUUUCAUCAACUUUGGCCUUAUAUAGGAUGUAUUAGGAUUUGUUCUGUUCACCUACUACCAUGUCAGAUUGUGCAAAGAACCUUGUUUUUACAAUUUAAAACUCUUGCCCCUGUUGACUAUUGAAUUAGAUCAUAUAAAUAUUGAUCGGGUUAAUUUGACUUUUGGUAUCAUAUAAAUUCAUACAAUUAUGAAUU